UUGUCCUGCUGGACUCCAAGGAAUCGCAGGCGGAGCUGGGUUGGACCUCACACCCGUCGAACGGGUGGGAAGAGAUCAGCGGUGUGGAUGAGAACUACAAGCCGAUACGGACGUACCAGGUCUGCAAUGUCAUGGAGCCAAACCAGAACAACUGGCUGCAGACGGGCUGGAUCGCGCGGCGCGACGGCCAGAGAAUCUUCAUCGAGCUCAAGUUCACCCUGCGGGACUGCAAUAGCAUCCCUGGCGUGACCAGCACCUGCAAGGAGACUUUCAACCUGUACUACGUCGAGUCUGACUCCAACCUGGGCCAGAGCGUCCGUGAGAGUAAGCACACCAAGAUUGACACCAUUGCCGCCGACGAGAGCUUCACACAGGGGGACCUGGGCGAGCGCAAGAUGAAGCUGAACACUGAGCUGAGGGAGAUCGGGCACCUGAGCAAGAGGGGCUUCCACCUGGGCUUCCAGGACGUGGGUGCCUGCGUGGCGCUGGUCUCCGUGCGGGUCUAUUACAAGAAGUGCCUCGCCACCGUGCGGAACUUGGCCGCCUUCCCGGACACGGUGGCGGAGACAGCCUUUGCCACGUUGGUGGAAGUCAAGGGCACUUGUGUGGCUCAUGCUGAGGUGGACAUGGAUAGCCCCCCCCGGAUGCACUGCAGCGCAGAGGGCGAGUGGCUGGGG